AUGAAAUAUGAAUUUAAAUGGUGUGGCGGAGCCUAUGCUGUGAUUACCGGCGCCACCGAAGGCCUGGGCGUUGAAUACAGCCUACAAUUGGCUCAAAAGGGAUAUAAUUUGCUGCUUAUUAGUCAACACUCGACUAAAUUAACGCAAUUAGUGAAUGAGAUUCAACGCAAACACGCCUCGUGUCGAGUGAGGACUCUGGCCAUUGAUUUGAGGCAAACAAAUAUUGACCAUCAAAUUAAUUAUCAUUUCAGACAAUUGCCUGAAAUACAUGUUUUGGUCAAUAAUGCGGGAAUCUAUUACCCGAUGAGGAAACCGAAGUAUUUUGAACGCAUUUUAAACCUUGAUGAUUUUAUUAACGAUAUAAUCAAUGUCAACGUAAAAGCGUGUACUAAACUCACGGCACUUGUAUUGCCCCAAAUGGUGGUUAGAGGUCGUGGAGUCAUCAUUAAUGUAUCGUCGUUUGCGGCGAUACUGCCGGUGCCCCUCCUAUCGCUCUACUCGGCCACUAAGGCUUAUGUGGACUCAAUGUCCAGAGCUCUUCACGAAGAAUAUAAAGACAAAGGGAUUGUCAUCCAAAGUGUAUUGCCUUUCUAUACGGCGACAAACCAUAUAAGAAAUAAUUGGUUUACAUAUUGGGUGCCCAAUAAGGAAGAGUGUGUCCGAAACGCUCUGUCGGCCAUCGGAUCCGAGUCUAGA